UCUUUAGACUGAUCAAGUUCCAGUAUCUCCUAACAUCACGACAACAAUUAUUGUUUAAAAUAAACUUUCUACUGUAAUUUAAAUGGUUUCUCAAAAAAACGCAUUUUUUUGAAAUGAAUGCCGAGAACUUUAAGCUGUGUGCCAAAUACAUAUCUUCUAGUUAUGUUCAACAAGGGGAGAACGCGAGAAAAAAUCAGGAACACAAAAUAAAGGCAUUGCUAGAACAUGUAAGGAAAGCCCAUUUACCCGAAGAUGGAUGGGAUGAAUUGACCAUUGAGCUUCUUUUGCAUGAGCUGUCAGUAAUGGAUAGCAACAACUUUUCAGGAAAUGUUGGUGCAGGUGAAAGAGAAGGAAGAGUAGCAAACAGCAUUGUGUCGCGAAGACAUUACAGGUUCAGUCACGGAGUUGGUCGUUCUGGUGAUAUUACUGCAGUCCAACCUAAGGCAGCGGGCUCUUCUCUUAUAUUGAAGUUAACAUCAUCGAUGGCCUUGGAUAUCAUAAAACAGUCAGGUGUUCGAACUGCUACCUCCUGUGUGGUACUGCCUGUUGCCACGGGAAUGAGCAUUGUGAUGACAUUGUUGACACUACGGCAUCUUAGGCCCGAGGCCAAAUAUGUCCUGUGGCCAAGGAUUGAUCAGAAGUCCUGUUUCAAGGCAAUAAUUACAGCAGGUUUUUUUCCUGUUGUUAUUGAAAAUGUUCUUGAAGGUGAUGAAUUGAGGACAAACAUUGCAAACAUUAGGAAAAAAGUCAAAGAACUCGGAGCAACAAACAUACUUUGCAUCAUGACUACAACAAGUUGCUUUGCUCCAAGGGUACCAGACAGAUUAGAAGAGGUGGCAACAAUUUGUAAGGAAAACGAUGUACCUCACGUCGUGAACAACGCUUAUGGUGUUCAGUCCACGAAAUGUAUGCACUUAAUACAGCAGGCAGCGCGUGUUGGUCGUGUUGACGUGUUCAUUCAGAGUUUGGAUAAGAACUUCAUGGUUCCUGUGGGUGGAGCCAUCAUUGCAGGCUUUGACUCCACCUUAAUUGAUGCAAUAGGAAAAACAUACCCCGGUCGAGCGUCCGCUUCUCCAUGCUUGGAUCUUUUUAUAACGUUACUUGGCCUUGGAUCAAAAGGAUAUCAAAAACUUUUAUCGCAGAGAAAGAAUGUUUACCAACAUUUAGCCAGUGGUCUCGCAAGAUUGGCUGAGACGUACGGACAGAGGCUACUUGAUACAAAACACAAUCCUAUAUCUUUAGCAAUUUCUUUACAAAAUCUGGAAGGACUUGAGACAUCAAACGACGGAACGACACAGCUAGGAUCUAUGUUGUUUACGAGAUGCGUAUCUGGUGCUAGGGUCGUUGCUACGAAUGCAAGUAAAGAAAUCCAUGGUUACCAGUUCGUAGGAUGUGCUCACUCGAAUAAUUAUCCGUGCUCCUACUUAACAGCUGCUGGGGCACUGGGAAUGAGUUUUGAUGACGUCGACACUUUCUUAAAGAGACUAAACAAAUGCUUAUGUAAGUUUUCUAAAAAAACCAAUGUCAUUUCGGCCAUUUCACUGACUUCGGGGGGAAAUACGUAAAAAGAUGAUGAUUUCACUUGACAAAAUUGUAAACGCUUGUCGUGGGCACACUUUAUCAUUUAUGGACGGACAAUCACGUAUUUAAAACAUUAAGAAAAUAAAAUGAUUUUUGCACCUACGAAACAUAUGAAAAACAUAAAAACAAAUUUUGUUUUCUGUUAUCACGAUGAACAGUAUGGGACUUCGUUAAUGUCUCAUUAAUGACACCGGAUAUCGACAAACUGUCUGGUAAUUUAUUAAUUUAUUAGAUAUGUUAAUUUGAUGUGUUACUUUUAAUGUAUUGUUAGUUAUUAGGAUAAUCACGAGAGACUCAAGAAUGAAAUUUUUGCCAAA